AUGGCAUCGGAGUUUGGUAAUCCGCUAAAAAAGUUCAAACUAGUAUUUUUGGGGGAACAGAGUGUUGGGAAAACAUCUUUAAUCACUCGGUUCAUGUACGACUCGUUUGAUAAUACUUAUCAGGCAACUAUUGGUAUUGACUUCUUAAGCAAGACCAUGUAUCUGGAAGAUCGAACGGUUCGCCUUCAACUCUGGGAUACUGCUGGACAAGAGCGAUUCAGGUCCCUUAUUCCUUCGUACAUUCGGGACUCUACUGUUGCCGUUGUGGUCUAUGAUAUCACCAGUAAGUCAGAUUCGCUGCACUUAUGA